AUGGCGGUUAAUCACGUACGCAUGCGCUAUGAUCCAUCAACGCGUGUGGAAGUUGAACUCGACGGAAUACAAAUUCACAGUGCUGCAGAAUCAAUGCUAGGCAAGCGAAAACGAUCAAUUUCAUAUCCUGAACAAACGAUGUUUGAUAUCGUGACAACGGGUCGUUCUUGGCCUUUCAUUCGAUGGAAUGGGACAUUAAAAUCACCAAAGGCAGAGAUUACUCAAGAAUACCCUUUUAUAUUUGAAGGUGAAAUGAAAGAAGCAAAAACUGUAAACUCCUACAUUGUGCGAAUUCUACAAUCACAAGCUAAAUCAUUGAACAAGGAAGGACAUGUACUAAACAAUUAUGCAACGAUAAUAAGUUUGGAUAG